CAUAAUAAUUUCAUGUUUUUGUGACAUUUCUAUAAAUAAUUUUUUUUUUUCUCAAAUUUUGAGCCCUGUUGUUAGAUUAGAUUAGAAUUCAAAGAUUGCAUCAUUCAUUCAAUCACUUAGUAGUUUGUAGUACUACUACUACACUUUUGUUCUCUGUUCAUCCCUUCAGUGGUCAAGUUUCAUUUCCACUAUUUCUCCUGUUUGCUUUUAGAAUCCUUAUUGUGUUUUCCUGGUGAAGCUUCAUCAAGAAGUGAAAGAAGCCUGUUUACGUGUUUCUGAUGCGUGUUAUUAUUAUGGUAAUCAGUCUUUUGACCACUUAAUAAAAAGCAGAUGAACAUUAGAUUUUUGUUCAAUAAAGAGACUAGCUGUAGUAUAGUUUUCUUGUUCUUUGUAAUGUGUCUUGAGGGUUCCUAUCACUAGCUCAUUUUGAGGGCUAUAUUUCUUUUCUUUUCCCCUCCUCCUUCGAAAGUUUGGGUUUUUUUUUUUCCCUCUUAGACGGUUGUGAAAGAUGCCUAUGUUUCAGGAGCCAACAAAGAGGGAUGGGGUUGUGAGUGGUGAUGGGCAGGUCCUAGAUUUGGACACUGCUGUAAAAGAUGGGGUUUUGGGUGGUGUUGAUGGCGCGGUUAUUGGUUGUGGUGUUGCUGAGAAAUUGGAUCUGAAGAAGAUGAUUGAAGAGCUUGAUUUGGCUGAAGUACCUCCGGUGUUUAUAUGCCCAAUCUCCCUCGAGCCAAUGCAGGACCCUGUCACUCUUUCCACCGGCCAAACUUACGAGAGGUGCAACAUUCUCAAAUGGUUCAGUUUGGGGCGUUAUACUUGCCCUACUACAAUGCAAGAGCUUUGGGAUGAUUCUGUUACUCCUAAUAAUACCCUUUACCAAUUGAUUCACACUUGGUUCUCUCAAAAGUAUUUGCUCAUGAAGAAGAGAUCCGAGGAUGUACAAGGAAGGGCAAGUGAGCUCGUCGAGACAUUGAAGAAAGUCAAGGGUCAAGCAAGAGUUCAAGCCUUGAAGGAGCUGCAACAAGUUGUGGCUGCUCAUGCCACCGCUAGAAAGACAGUGGUUGAUGAAGGUGGGGUUGCUGUUAUCUCCUCCUUGCUAGGUCCAUUUACUUCGCAUGUUGUUGGUUCUGAGGUGAUUGGCAUUCUUGUGAAUUUGACACUCGAUUCUGAAUCCAAAACCAACUUGAUGCAGCCUGCCAAGAUUUCAUUAAUGGUUGAUAUGUUGAAUGAGGGGUCUAUUGAGACGAAGAUUAACUGUACUCGGUUGAUUGGGAAAUUGAUGGAGGUGAAUGAUUUUCGUCCGGAGGUUGUGUCAAGCCAUAGUCUUUUGGUAGGGUUGAUAAGGCUGGUGAAAAAUAAGAGGCAUAGCAAUGGAAUUUUGCCUGGACUUAGCCUACUUAGGUCGAUAUGUUUUCAUAAAGAAGUUAGGAGGUUGAUUGUCAGCAUUGCAGCCGUUCCUCAACUGGUUGAUUUGUUGCCUUCUCUGGAUCCUGACUGUUUGGAGUUAGCGCUUUGUAUCUUGGAUGAACUUUCAUGUGUACCUGAGGGAAGACAGGCUUUGAAGGAUUGUGCAAACACAAUACCAAAUAUGGUGAGGCUGCUGAUGAGAGUUUCGGAGAGUUGUACUCAGUAUGCAUUGUCAAUCUUAUGGUCUGUAUGUAAACUUGCUCAUGAGGAAUGUUCAACCAUUGCCGUGGAUGCUGGUCUAGCUGCAAAACUUCUUCUUGUCAUUCAAAGUGGUUGCGAUCCUGCGUUGAAGCAAAGGUCUGCAGAGCUACUAAAGCUGUGUAGUCUAAACUAUACAGAUACCAUUUUCAUUUCCAAGUGCAAGCUCACAAGGACAAUCCAAUGAGUGGGAAUAAUAUGCUUGUUGUACACUAUCCUUUUGAUGCUAGGGCAAGGGAGUUAAGGGACUGAUGGCUUUGACAUCGUGGUUGUCUCGGAUCAGCUAAGAAGUGUAAAUAGUGCUUGCUCUUCUGUAUAUUCUUAAUCACUUUAGUUCCAGUUAUUGAUUCUUAAAAACAUGGAGAAGCAUAUUAUCCUGUGGUGGAUUGACAUCAAUUGAUCAUUAGCCGAUUCUAAUUGUCAAUGCGUUCUUAGAUAAACCCCAUCAAGAAGUUCUGUAAAAUGUUAGAUUUUGGUGGAUUUGUGUUGGGGUGGGUGGGGGUAUAGUUUUUGGAUAAGAAUACUUUGUAUGGGGGAGAUAAUUCUGUGCAAGCAGUUCGGAGCUUACUAUUGCAAUUAUAAGUCCAGCAAUUGCUUUGUUCUCCCUAGCUCUUAGUUUCCGGGGGGGCUCCAAUUUUCCUUUCUAUUGUAGUGGGAGUGUUUCUUUUGAACCCCGCAAAUGUAGAGGCUGGAGUGCCCUUUGGCCUCAAAUUGUCAAUUUAAUGUACAAGGAAUGAAAU